AAUUGCUCACAUUGUGUUCAAUUUGUCAUGCUACUUGCACACCUAUAUCGCCUGAGGGUUUAAAGAUAGAUAUUAUCGUACCUGUAUACUUGAAGAAAGAACGGGUUAACUUUUGUGUACAGGUGGAAGUAUUUACCCGAAAAAAGAAUCAAAAUGAAGUUGAUUUUUUUCGUUGGAUUAGUUAUUCUACUAGACAUAGCUACUUGUCUAAAACCAGACCAUGAAAAUCAUUCAAAACGAAAGAGCUUUGGUCCAAAUAAAAAGAUAGUAACACACGAAGAUAAAGAAAAUGUUCAUGGUAAGCACAGUCCACGUUCACCAUUGGGACAUGUACAGAGAAAGUUUAAGGAGUACGCACAUAAGUGGGAAAGGUUCAGUAGUCCCAAUACACAAUGGCACCAAGUAAAAACGAAGAAAGAAGAACAAAAGAAAAAUCAUGUUGAUGAUGGAAAGAAAGAAGAGAAACGACAUCCUGAACAUCUUGUCAACUUAAAACACAAAACUAUCCGUGAUAAAAUUCAAAAAAAGAAAAAUAGAUCGUCCGAAAAAAGAAACUCACCAAGAAAUCACAUGGCGGACAGGUUUUCUAGACGCCAUUCAAUGAAAAGUUAUAUGGAUACACAUAAAAGGUUUGAAGGGAGACGUCUACACAAAUUCAUACAGAGAUACAGGAAUCAACGAAGAGGACAUAUGAAGCCUUUUGAUCUCAACGGAUUGGACAAGAAGGAUCACGAACGAAAAGGGAAUAAAGGAGAUCACUUGAAAAUAGACAGAGGUCUAGGAAGGCCCGGACACGGACCAAAGCCUUUCGGUAGAGGAAACAAACAACAUCUUAGUCAUGAAAGUUCGUUUUGCAAGAAAAGAGAGACCAGAAAAUGCCCGGAGUAUAAAAAAGAGAUUUGCGGUAAUGAUGGAAAAACAUAUCAAAACAGAUGUUUGUUGAUGGAAGAAAUGUGCAAGAGGAACAGCAAGAUUGAUAUCCACAUGUCGAAAAGAGGAGCUUGUGUAGAAAAGAUCAUAGACUGAUUUAUUCGUAUAUAAUUUUAUAGACUUUUUCAUAUUUUAGUCUGUUGAUAAUUCUAAAUCAUUGUCAUUGAAAGAUGUUCAAAUACUGAAUUUGUAAUUGAAUGGUUUUUUUGCUUUCGUAAUUUUAGCUUUCAUAACUUCAUUUACGCUUUAAGAAUGUUUUUUUAAUGAAAAAAAAAGAAACCCACACAAGUUUUUAACCGGACUACAUUUGGUGUGAUUGGAAAUACUAUCUUAUUUUGAUUCAACGACAAUAUUUUUAGAAAGGAACCGUAAAUGUCGCCAUAAUUUAUCACAACUUUUUUUUUUAAAAUGGUUCGUUUUAUAUUAAUUUGUUCUAUACUAUAUGAAGCUUGUACGUACGCUAUCAUGCAAUAUUCGACAUUUUAAAAUGAGAUAUAAUAUUACAAUGUAUAUUAUUACUAUGCAUAAUUAUUGUCAUUUAUAAACUUUACUUUUAAUAAAGAAUUUGUAUUUUG